GUGUCAGAUUUUUGACGUAACAGCUUCUUCAAAAAUAAAAUCAAUAAUUGAUUUGUUUUGAUUAUUGGCGUGAUGAACGAGUUACUGCAGAAGCAUGGCUGUGCCAAUGUGUUCACAAUACCAGAAGGACUCAAGGAACUAAUGGCGGAUAUUGCUAGAGAAGUACUUCGUGAACAACCAAAGAACAUCCACGAAUUCAUCAGCAAUUAUCUAUCAGUACUUUUAAUAACGCGCGAGCACGGCGUAAUGGCGGUCAAGAUCCUAGAGGAUUUGUGCGACUGUCGACCGUCGGUCUCCCAGCAUUUGAUAGAGCUUGGUCUAGACCGGACCUCAGCGGAGACUCUCGCGCAAAUCAUAAAAGACGAGCUAGAAACUGUCGAGACCAGCGAUGAUAAAGAGAAUAUUAAAGAAUCGGAUAUAUUAAAGAAAAUGUUGUCGAGUGUACCUCUGGACGAAGAAAUGGCGGCAAAUGUUUGUCAGAUUGUAAGGAACGCUUAUAAAGAUUAUGUCUACAAAAAGAAAUUAAUGGAACAUAGCACAUCGAUGCGUGGUGAUGAGCCAUGGCAGCUAGCGGCAGAGCGGACCCUCGCGCUCUACAAGAAGACCAAGCCAAGCCUGCACGAACUCCACAGAGCCUCGGAGAGAAUACAGGCCGCGUACAGAGGUUAUCAUGUGCGGAGAAAUCUCUUGAAGCACUUAAAACCGAAGAAAAGGAGGAGUGGCCCGCAGGAGUCGGCGCCAGGGUCUACGCCUGACAUCGGGGGCUCCAGGGAGAUUAACCUUGGACCGCUCAUUAAAAUCAAAGUACGCGAAGACAACGUGUACGCGAUGUUCGAAGACCAGGCGACCGCGACUCUAGGUCUCAGUUACCAUCCUACGAAGACUCUGACCCACGUUGAGGAUGACUUUGAUGAAGGUCGCGCGGUCGAGACCGGGAAGACCGGCACGUGGCCCAUCUGCGGAACUAUGAAGACCGAAAUACGCAUGGUCCAAGUUGAUGCUAGAUCAAGAGAUGUCAGUGGGCCGGAGGAUGAUAUAGAGGACACACAGCCGCUGUGUAUGGAACGCGAGGCUAUGGACGUAUUCACAGAGCAGCCAAGUGAUCGUAGCUACAGCCUCGACCACCGCGCGCUCGGCACACCAGCUCGCAAGAUAUCAUUCUCCACUAUGCCACCAGAAAUGAUUCCUAAUGAUGAUGACGAUUUCCCUGAGAUUCAGGAGGCGAUACAGGAGGCACUCGAUGACAUCACAAAUGACGUAUUACAAGAAAUACCUGAAGAUAUACCAAAUAGUUUUGAUGACAAAGACCCUGACUACACGCCGGUCUCCUCGGUCGCGUCUCUGACAAGUGCAGAAAUAGAAGACCAAGACAAUGUCGACGUUAAAGAUGAUACAUUUUAUGUUGCUUAACUUUCUUACCUUUAA